AUGUGUAUUGGCUUGGUAAAGGACAAGCUUGCCCAUUGGAAGCUCCAUACGCGGACCACAAUUGAUGGCACGGACGUCGAUCACAAAAUGGAGAACGUCGUGGACCCGGUACAAAAUGCGAAAGCAACUUUUGCCCGGCAUGUCGAGCAAUCGAAAGCGUCCAAGACUUACGCGAAAAACCGCGAUCAGCUCCUGACAAAUGAGCUUAAAGCAGCUUGGGAUUGGAAAGCGAGGUCGAGCGCCUCUUCCAAAGAGACUGAAGCAGGUCACAUCCUCAUCAAAAUCAGAGAGCACGAACGUAAUGAUGAAUCGCUGUACGGCAACAUCGCAGGCGAGGCCGUACCCAAAUCCAACACCCGCGACAUGGGCGGCCGCUUCUUGGUCAAUCGAGAGCGGAUCGAGAAGAGCAGACUCUUUCAGAUUGCAAAAGAGAUGCCCAAAGGUGCUCAUCUGCACCUUCACUUCAACACGGCCCUACCACCAGGACAGCUUUUGAUGUACGCCCGCAACGCGAAUGUGCAGCAGACCAUGUUCAUCCGAAGUAACCGCCCGCUGUUGCAGCCUUCAGACUUUAGCCAUGUCGAGACUGAGAUAGUACUGAGUGUCCUGCCGCAUGACUGGCGGACUGAGCGAGGGAACAUCUUCUCCCAACAUUACGAACCAGACUGGGCCUCCCGGCAACCUCGAAGCGAUUGCUGGAUGAACUUUGUUGACUUUCGAAAUCACUUCCCUCAAGACCUUCAACUUCAAGAUGCAGAUCCCGAGGACCGCAUCCGCGAGGAGGGUCUUGGGCUAGACCUUGCCGAACGUUGGGUAUGCGAGAAGAUGAUUGUCACAAUAAGUCAAGCAUAUGGUGAUCGCAAAACCACCAAUGCAGUAUGGGCGUGUUUCAACCAGGGCACUCGAGCGCUGAAGGGGCUCACCAACUACGAAAGUGCAUAUCGAUCCUAUGUCGGAGAUGCCAUCGACAGCAUGAUUUCUGACAAGGUAAUGUACGCAGAAUUGCGAGACAUGCUCUUCAAGAAGACUAUCACGUCCGACGAUGGAAAGACCCAACUUGAUCACUUCCAACAGAUGCACAUCGUCUGUGAAGAAAUCUCCAGGAAACGGGAACAGCUUCCAAACUACGACGUUUUCCCCUUUGGGCUCAAAAUCAUCUACAGCGCUCCCCGUAGCAUCUCCCGAGACCUCAUGCAACAAGAACUCCAGAACUGUCUCAGGCUCAAGCUAGCCUUCCCGAAUCUAAUCUGCGGCUUCGACCUCGUCGGUGCUGAGGAUCGGAAGUUCCACAUUGGGCAUUACUCCGACCUUCUCCUGGCUUUCAGCUCAACCUGUCAGGAUCUCAACAUCUCCAUCCCGUUCAUGUUCCAUGCUGGGGAGUCACUCCUUGACGCCGGCGGAUCGAACAAUCCCGAUAAUAGCAAUCUGUAUGACUCGUUACUUUUGAAUGCCAAGAGAGUGGGGCAUGGAUAUGCAUUGUUAAAUCAUCCGGGACUGGUAGAGGAGUAUAAGAAGAGGAAAAUUUGCGUGGAACUGUGCCCCGUGAGCAAUGAGUUAUUGGGCUUGUGUGGGAACGUUCGAGAGCAUGGGUUUAGAGGAUUGCUGGGAGCCGGGUUGGAGUGCUGUUUGAAUGCCGAUAAUCCGAGUUCGAUGCGUGGGAGGUCAUUACAGACUUCGAGUCUUUCGCACGAGUUCUAUCAGGUGCUGGUGGGUGAUCUGAGAAUGGGAAUUCAUGGAUGGAAGCAGCUAGCGAUAUGGAGUCUUGAGCAUGCCCGUCUGGACGAGGCACAGCUGAAGCAGGCCAUGUCGAUUUUCCAAAGGGAUUGGGAGGCAUUCUGUGGGUGGGUGAUCGAGACGUACGCAGAGUACGCGAAAGGGCUGGCGGAGAUUGAUCUUGCCGAGCCGAAAGGCCAAUAG